AUGGUUCACAACCACCCCUUUGCUCCGUGGGGCAGCUUCGCUGCUACCGCGCAGCCCGCAUCGACAAACACCCUCGUUGCUGCUGCUGCUGCUGCUGCUGCUGCUGCCUCUUCAAGCACCGCCACCACCACCGCAACGACCUCCGUCUCCACUUUCAUGCGUACCUCUCAACCCACCAUGGUACAACCACAUCAUCAACUGCAUUAUCAACAUCAACUACAUCUUCAACAGCUACAGCAGCACCAGCAGUAUCUUGCUGUUGCUCGUCAACAGCAACAGCAGGCUCAGCAACAAGCCCAACAACAGCAGCGAGUCGCCUUUCCUACCUUUCCCGCUGUCGCUGUGACCUCCGUCUCCUCCCCGAGUGAAAAAAAAUCGCAACCCACUUUUCCCCCACCUGUCACUGUCGCUUCCCCCACUGCUACUCCUACAGCGAAUGGAAGUAGCAGUGGCAAUACUUCCGCCUCCUCCGCCACCGCCCCUACCAACACCGCCGCCGCCCCUGCCCUCCCGCAGAUCCCCGAAGACCUUCUCCUUAAACUCGAUCCCUCUCUGGCUGACCAGAAGUCCGCCAUUGAUCCUGCAGUAGAGAAACCCUACCAAUGCGACCAAUGCCUCAAGCGCUACUCAGGCAUCAAGUCGCUGAAGAACCAUAAACUCACCCACUCUGACAUCCGACCGCACAAGUGCUCUUUUUGCCAGAAGGCCUUCCUCCGUGCCGACAAGAUGCGUAUGCACGAGAUUUCCCAUCUCAAUGUGAAGCCUUUUGAGUGUGCCACGUGUAAGCAGCGUUUCACUCGCUCCGAUAAAUUGAAAAUCCAUCACCGUACACAUACGGGUAUUCGACCUUAUGCGUGCUCCUUCUGUCCCAAACGUUUUACUCGGUCAGAUAAACUGAAGAUUCACGAGAGAAUUCACACAAAAAUUAAACCCUAUGAGUGCAUUCAUUGUGGGAAGUGUUUUGCCCGCUCGGACAAGCGGAGGUUGCAUGAGAAGACGCACCUCUAUGGGCCAAGACCACGCACUAACGGAGUGAGGAAGUCGAAAUCUGCUGUGACAGCUGCGGUUACAAGUACGUCGGCUUCUUCUGUAGUCGCUACCGCGAAUCCACUGCCCGUUUCCGGGUUUGGAUUUCUGUCUGCCGCUGCUCCUGGCGCCGCAACGAGUACCCUCUUUGCGGCACAGAAUUUCCCCAUCGUGGCGUUGAAUCCGGUGGUUAAUGGAACUGCCACUGUGUCUAGUACUCCAGCUGCCUCUGCUUCUACUUCCGCUAGCACUGCUACCACUGCUACUGAUAUCGCUAAUAGUAGCACUGCAGUAACGACAGCUACAUCCACUGCUACGACAGCGGCUGUCGCCGCCGCAAUCACAGCUUAUCCCCAGUUUGCCCAACAAAUGCACUAUCCGGUCUUCAUGACCGCCAACCCCAACCCUGCAGGGUCAUUCGUUUGCGUUGGACCUCCGGCUAGUACUUCUACCGCUGCCACCGCCUCAACGACUGCCACGGCAGCCACUAGCAAUACCACAGCAACGACAUCAACUCCUGCUACAACGACUACGUCAGCCGUGGCUGCUGCAGCCACCACCAAUAAUAUCGCUGCUGUAAUGGCAGCAGCUGCAUUGGGGCGGCAGUUUCAAACUUCCGCUGCUCAGAGUGGAGCACAGGCUGCGAUGGUCCAACCCUACGCCCAUCAUCAGAUGCAUUUACAUAGUCAACAAGCGGCGUAUUAUCAUCGGCAGCAGCAGCAACAGCAAAAUCAACAACAGCAGCAGCAGUAUGCUUACGCGGCACAACAACAACGGCAGCAGUAUCAACACCAGGUGGUUCAGCAAGCCCAGCAUCCUUACCAUACUCAACAACAAGCACAGCAUCAACAAUACGCUGCAAUGUUGCAGGUCCACCAAGCCGCGCAUAUGCGGCAGCAGGCGUUUAGUUUCUUCCCAUCCAACCGCACUACUACACAGUUUGCAUUUAACACGCCGCAUGAUCAGCAUCAGAUCCAACAACAACAAGCCCAACAGCAAGUCCAACAACAGCAGCAACAACAGGAGCAACAAAUUUUGGCUGCUCAACAGCAGUAUCUGCAACAGCAGCACCAACAUUACGCACAGCAAAUGGCAGUGGUAGCGGCACAGCAAAGAGCCGCCGCCGCCGCGGCAGCUGCUGCUGCCGUGGUUGCUGCCUCUUCCUCCGCUGCUACGAUCGGUACCUCAACUUCCGCCACAACAACCACGACAGCAGCGGUGACAUCGACAACUACAGCAUCUGCGUGA